CCGGCUUGUGUCACGCGGACGAGAACUCGUCAACAGCCAGCAGCCAGCAGGGAAAUAUUUUUAGUCAGACCGAUAAAUUCGUAAUUUUACUUCGCGUUGCAAUUUUUAUUCGCAAAUCUGUGAGUUUGAUUUUAUUCAAAGAAAGCUAAAGAUUAGUAAAGCUAAUUAGUAAAGCUAAAGACAGGUGAAUUUCGAAAUCGACUUUAUAAUAAUUAACAAAUAGAAUUAACAAUAUGAAAUUGCGGUCAUCAUGUUCGACAAGAGAGGAAACUAGUUUUCCAAAUUUGGUUCCAGCCACGACAGCUUUUGCCGACGAAAACAGCCCCAUGUCAAAAGCUCUGAGGAAUCCAUUGAUUCUCGACGUUGUUUUCGCCAAACUUACAACGUCCGAGCUGAAAAUGGCUCGUCUCGUGUGUCGCGAGUGGGGCGACGCCGGUGCUGGUUUGUUAGGAAAGCGGGCCUUGCUCGACGUCAACAAACUUUUCCGCUGCGACGGGCCGAGAUUGUAUCAGGCGACCCCUGUCCACGACCAACUAACCCGAGGCCUCCGCAUCCUGGACAAAUUCGACCCCUCCGUCCCCACGAAGCGGACUGAUGACGUUAUCGCCAAGGUUUUUACUGAGCUCAACGUAUCUCAAGUCACGAGAGAAAUUGAAUUUCACGUCAGUCGGAAAAAAUUUGUGGCCGCAUUUCUCCAUGGUUUGAGGACCCUGAAGUCCACGAAGAUCCAACAGAUUUCCAUAUUCGUCACUUCGAGAAACGCAAACGUGGACAAAGGUCGAAGUCAAGUGCUUCAAAAACUACCCGUUCAACGAAACUUGACUUCGAUUAAGUUUCAAAUUCCUCUACGCAUGCUGUACGGGACAUCAGGAAUUCACGCUUUUCAACCCCUGCUCCAAACAUUGAUCGAUUCUGCCCCCACUUUGACCUCGUUGGACGUCACGGCCUCGUUCUGUCCGAGUUUGAAGGGGUGUACAAAUCUCCAAAUUUUGAAGUUUUUAUUGGUAAAUUGUCACCACGUGGCCUGUCCUGACUUCAACUUGGCAACUGUGACAUCGAUGUUGCAUCCCAUGAAGGAUUCGUUGAUCAAGUUGGAUUUUGGCUACGCCGAUGCUCAUGAAAAUUAUAUUUACUAUCCAGUAACUACACAAGGUCGGAAUCUUGAUGUUCCCGUCGUGACCAAUCUUACUUCGCUCAUCAUCAAUGCGCCAUCUAGGUACUUAAUUUUUGACUUUUUUGAUGAGGAGCACCUCCCAAAGCUGAAAACCCUCUGCUUCAAAAACCACUACCUCGGGCGGACCUCGUUAUCAACUCAUCUGAACCUUUGGAAGCGCCACCGCGGAGUUCAAUCCUUCGCGCUUAAGACACGCAGUUAUUGCCAGACUGAGGAUAAAUUUGGGGAACAGAUUGUCAAAUUGUUCCCGUCAGUCAAGAAGCUGGAGUUGAAGCUGAACUCGUGUCACAAUUGUAUCAAGAAAUUAAUGGAAUCGUUCCAACUCUGGGAUCUUGACGAGAUCAAGCUUGUCCUGGAGGGUGAGAACUUUGCCGCCGGGGUGGUUGAAGUCCUAAGAAGUUUUGUGAUUUUCAAGGGCAUUAAAGCGGUCCACUUCGAGGACGCUAUUAUCAACCAGGUCGACUUUUAUAACAACAUUGACGAUAUAAUUUUGUACAGUAGAGGAUUUAAGAACGUGGAAAUUUCGGGAGUUGUGGUCCAGGAAAUGGUGGACGUCUUUCGACCCAUUUUUGAAGCUAGUGGCGCACCCGUUAAUUUUAAGGGGGGAGUGUUCGUAAUUAUUCGUAAUUAAAUUUGGCACAUGUAGUUAAGGUGAUUCUGUGUGAUUAGUAAUUGUUUUGUUUUUGAGUAUGAUACUUUUAAUGUUUUCCACUUUAGAUAAUUUGAUUCAUACAUUUUACUCGUUUUUGUGUAUUUUAUUCAUUAUUUCCUAAAACUCGAAUUGACUAAUAAUAAUUAAUUUGUCUUCUCCACAAAUGAUUUUGUAAUAAAGUAAUAA